AUGGGUCAGGAAGAUGCUGUGUACUUGGCCAAGCUUGCUGAGCAGGCUGAGCGCUACGAGGAGAUGGUCGAGAACAUGAAGAUCGUCGCCUCUGAGGACCGUGACCUGACCGUCGAGGAGCGCAACCUUCUGUCCGUUGCCUACAAGAACGUCAUUGGCGCCCGCCGUGCCUCCUGGAGAAUCGUCACCUCCAUUGAGCAGAAGGAGGAGUCUAAGGGCAACUCUUCUCAGGUUGGCCUGAUCAAGGAGUACCGUCAGAAGAUCGAGGCCGAGCUUGCCAAGAUCUGCGAUGACAUUCUCGACGUCCUCGACAAGCACCUCAUCCCAUCUGCUAAGUCUGGCGAGUCUAAGGUGUUCUACCACAAGAUGAAGGGUGACUACCACCGCUACCUGGCCGAGUUCGCCGUUGGCGACCGCCGCAAGGACUCUGCCGACAAGUCCCUCGAGGCCUACAAGGCUGCCACCGAGGUUGCCCAGACCGAGCUUCCUCCUACUCACCCCAUCCGCCUUGGCCUCGCCCUUAACUUCUCCGUCUUCUACUACGAGAUCCUGAACGCCCCCGACCAGGCCUGCCACCUGGCCAAGCAGGCUUUCGAUGAUGCUAUUGCCGAGCUCGACACCCUUAGCGAGGAGUCGUACAAGGACUCUACCCUCAUCAUGCAGCUGCUCCGUGACAACCUGACCCUCUGGACCUCUUCUGAGGCUGAGCCCGCGGCGUCAGGCUCUGCCGAGGCCCCUGCUGCCGCUAAGGAGGAGGGUGCUUCUGCUGAGGCGCCGGCUGCCGCCGCCGCGUCUGAGGAGCCCAAGGCUGAGUAA